CCGGCGAGACUGUACACAGGAUCCUACACACACAGGGACAGAGCGGUCUGGAUCGCUACUGCAGAAAUACAUUCCAUCUGCCGGGAAAACGUGCCGCACGUAUCCAUCCAUCAGUAAAGAGGCACCGUUAGCUAGCCUAGAGUCUACAGUGCAAAAGCCGAGCAGGGAAAAGGUUGCUUUGCAACAGGGUUUGUCUGAUUACAAACCGUCUACAGCCAAAUAAACGCAGAAAACAGACAGAGAUCCACGUAUCAAAGAAGAGUUUUCCGCGCUCAUACCGUGCAGAGCAUCUCCGCCACCGGCUGACUCAUACGCUCACACGCCUGGAACCAUGUCUGAGUACAGCUCCCUGCUCAGCGACCUGGCAGAGAACAUCACCCCAGAGGACCUGGACCAGCUGAAGUCUGCCUGUAAGGAGGACAUCCCUGAGAACCAGAGCAACACCAUCACCUGCUCCAAGGAGUGGUUCAGCUACCUGGAGAAGAACCAAAAACUGGCACAGGAUAACCUGUCCUACAUCGAGCACAUCUUCGAGAUCUCGCGACGCCCUGACCUCCUGACCCGGGUCAUUGAGUACCGUACCACCGUGCUGAAAAUCUCUGAGGAUGAUGAGAUCGACACCAAACUCACCCGUAUCCCCUCCGCUAAGAAGUACAAAGAUAUAAUCCGCCAGCCCUCUGAGGACGAGAUCAUCAAGCUGGCCCCGCCUCCCAAGAAAGUGUGAAGUUCCUCAUUCGCCAUCUUUUCUCUGCACCCCCGUCAGUCCCAUCACCCCAGCCACCCUAUGCCACUGCAUUCACUAACAGCCAAUCAGAUUUCAGCUACACCUAUCACCACCAGUGCUCUCAGUACUGAAGGAAGGGAUGGAGUAACAGAGGGAGAGAAGAGAGAGGGGGGCUACAGUAGAGGAAGAGGAUGAGGAAGAGGGGGAAGAAGAGGAAGAGCACCUCUAUUCUCUACAGAGUGGGUCUGUGAGCCUGCCACUCUGUCACCCAGCCACUCACACACUGAUAUCCCCCUGCAGAAAGUGUGUGUGUGUGUGUGUGUGUGUCUGUGUGUGCGUGCAUGAGUGUGUGAGAUGGUUCCAGAGUCCAGAGUUGUGACCUCAAAUGCCUGACAACCGAAUUGUAUGUGUUGCUAUGGUGACCUGCCCAAACCAUUGCUAUGAGGUUAACUGGUGUUGAAAAUAUGCUUAAAAUCAUUUAUUAGAUACAUGGUUAACCUGCUAUAAUAUUUACCCUG